AUGAAAAUAAUUAGAGAUCGAUGGGAUCGUCAUCCUGGGGGUGUGGAGCAGGACCUGGAGAAUAGAAAUCGAACGGGAACCAUUCCCCUUUUCAUCUGGGAGUGCGGGGAUGGAGGUGGAUCAAAGAGAAUAACGAGCGGAGAGCAGAAACGCACCUGUUACUUGCGGGCAACUUUGAAGAGCUAUACUAAUCGAUACCACCAGAGAGGAAAUCUACGACAUUCAAGGGGUCGAGGAUUUGCAUAUCACCUGGGAUCGCAGAGCAAAGCUGCAAAGGAAAGCCACUCACCAGUUGUAAGCAUUGCCCUAUAUAUGUGGGGCCGGUGUCUAGUGUCAAGGGUGCUACUGGGUAGGUCCACGGGCAAAUCUGUGCCCGAUUGUCCAGAAGUCGAAGUUAGAAGGGCAUCGAAGCUUUCACACCCAAGCUCCAUAGGAGCGGCUGCUUGCUGCUUGUUAAACAAGCAAAAUGGAUCAGCCGAUGGCUCCUGGCGGGGAAAGGAUGACAUCUGGUCAUGUUACGCCUGCACACCGUUCCCAGUUGAUGUGGCCAGGAACGGGAACACAUCAAUCUUGAGAGAUCUCUCUACCUUCCAGCGGACAUAUGUGCCUAGGAAAGGACCGGGAGCACAUCAAUAUGUGCAGGGAAUGAUUUUCUACCCAGCGUUGAAUUCGGGCUGGGGCCAAUAG